AUGCCUGCAAAGAGUCGAUUCCACCGGCUCGAUGCCUUCACCAAAACCGUCGAGGAUGCGCGCGUCCGAACCACCUCCGGCGGCACCCUGACCCUCCUCUCGCUCCUCCUCAUCCUCUACCUCACCUGGUCCGAAUGGGCGCAGUACCGCCGCGUGCUCAUCCAGACCGAAAUCGUCGUCGACAAGGGCCGAGACGAGAAGAUGGAGAUCCACAUGAACAUCUCUUUCCCCCGUGUGCCCUGCGAACUCCUGACGCUGGACGUCAUGGAUGUGUCGGGCGAGGUGCAGACCGGUGUCAUGCAUGGUGUGUCGAAGGUCAGGUUACGGCCGCACCAGGAGGGAGGGGGUGAAGUACCCGGAGCGUCGGCUCAGCAGCUCAUGUUGAAUGAAGAACGGGAGGCGCUGGAGCACCUGGAUCCAAACUACUGUGGCGAGUGCUAUGGAGCGCCGGCGCCAGAGAACGGGCUCAAGAAAGGGUGUUGCCAGACGUGCCAGGAAGUGCGGGAUGCGUACGCUAGCAUUUCGUGGUCUUUUGGGAGGGGAAACGGCGUGGAGCAAUGCGAGAGAGAGCAUUACGGCGAACACCUUGACGAGCAACGCGCCGAGGGAUGUCGAAUUGAAGGCAGCAUUCGAGUCAACAAGGUGGUGGGCAACUUCCAUUUCGCCCCCGGCAAGUCAUUCUCGAACGGCAAUUUGCAUGUCCACGAUUUGGACAACUACUUCACCGAUGCCCGUGACUCUCCUGGCAUCGUGCACACCUUCACGCACCAAAUCCACACCCUCCGAUUCGGGCCGGAACUGCCGGUGAACCUCGCCGAGCGAGUGGGAACGAACGGAGUGCAGUGGACGCAGAACCACAUGAACCCCCUGGACGCCACCGAGCAAAAGACGGACGAGAAGGCAUUCAAUUACAUGUACUUUGUCAAAGUGGUAUCGACCACCUGGCUCCCGCUCGGAUGGAAACCCACAUGGACCGUCCUCGACAUCCCGCACGAGCUGGUCAAACUGGGUGGCUACGGCGUUGGAGACAAGGGCAGCAUUGACACGAAUCAGUACUCCGUGACUGCUCAUCACCGCGCCAUCGGCGGUGGGUCUGCCGAUGAUCAGGGACAUAAAGAGCGGUUACAUGCUCGAGGUGGCAUUCCGGGUGUCUUCUUCUCCUACGACAUCUCGCCCCUGAGAGUCAUCAACCGCGAAGUCCGAGCCUAUUCAUUCUCGGGCUUCCUGGUGGGAGUGUGCGCGGUGAUUGGAGGAACCUUGACGGUCGCUGCGGCAUUGGAUAGGUUGAUGUUCGAGGGGCAGCUCAGAGUGAAGAAGUCGCAUCAUUCAUAG